AUUCACUCCAGCCCAAUCGCGUCAUCCCGUCACUUUCUGCUCGUCCCUCAAUGCUCAAUGCCGUUUUGCCCACCAUGGAGCUUCGGAACUCAAUCAGACAUCUUUUCACUAGAACACAAAUCCACCCCCUGUCUAGCAGUCUUGUUCCCAUGAUCACCAUGGUUCCCUCCUCUGGACUGUUCCGUCUCCCGAUUCCUGGAUCCCACCCCAGGCCUCACCCCAGCCGAUGUCUCUCAUAACCCCUCUCCUUCCGCCCGUUCGUACAUGAAGCUCAUUCCCCUUGGUCCACACCCCCAACGGAUAUUUUGCCAUCUGGGCCUGGUUCCUGCAUCAACAUCAGUCCCUCCUGUGAACCUGAAGCCGUGUUUCAGCUUUGGGCUUCUGGACCGGUGCUCGUUGGGGUUUGGGGUCGGCUGACUGCGGUUCUCGAGGGCCUGUCCCCCCUUGCUACCCACUCACCAUCCAUCAAAACGACAUUCCAGCACCUGUCUCGACGUAUCACUUCUCCUGUCCGCCUCUGCUGCUUUUCCAUUGAUCCCUCACCUCGUCUCCCAAGGCCAAUUCAUGCUGGCCGUCCACCGCCAUUCCCGCGCUAGCUCCGUCACCUGCUCCCCUUGACCGCGGCCACCUGCUUGUCACGACCGUCACCCACGUUUGUACCGUCAAUUCGCCUCCUCCCGGUUCCGGCCCAACUCAGGGCAUUCAAUCAACCGUCCCCGGGAGGGCCUUCAGCUGAACUGAGCCCAUCUCGUGUUUAGUUGCUCAACUCAGUCACUCAGGGCUCCGGUUUUACCCAACGGAUGCCUUCCGCGCCGCCUCACUACUGGCUGUCACUGGCUUCCCCCGUUAUUUUAGGCUUUCGGCAGCGGGUCCCAGACUUUCGAUUUCUCACCACCUACCCAAGGGUUCCCAUGCCCAGGAUCAGGACCUGACAGUUCUUCCCAUUUUUACUGUACCACCCCCCAAAGUAGUGAGCCUCCUCGAUCGACGUCGCCAGUGGCCUUUGCUGUUUCCAGCUCUAGCGGUGAUCUAGCUCAACCUCCAGCCAACUUCCACCCGUCCUGAACAGCCGGGCUACUUACGGUUACACGCACAUUGGACGUGCCGCGGGAAGGGUCUGAGCAAAAAGAAACACAAAGGCAAAAAAAUCUGCUUUUCCCGGUUGUGCCUUCAUCUAUUCUUACACACCGAUCUUUGGGCUCCUCCCCGCCACGAGACGCCCGGGUUGGUGGGCUCCUCCUGCCUUUGCCGCCUCCCAAUUUCCCCUCCACCACGCCUACCGCUUCUUUUCCUCCUCUUCGAGUCUUCGGUCGCUCAGCUUUCAUCGUGUACCACUUUGCUGGAACGAAAGGACAUGGUUUGGUCAAAUUGGGGCUUGAUCGUCCGGCUUCGUCCAACUGCCACCGACGGAGACGUACCUUGACAGUCGCUUGUCAUGACGGCCGUUCUACCCCAAGGACUGAUUAAUGCCAAUCCCAAUGUCCAACAGUAUGCUCUCGAUGAUUCUCAUGUCGACAUCACAAACGCAGAAGUGCUCAGCAAGUUUUGGAAAGUCUACGCAAUCCAAAGCGACGCCACCCAAGACAGCAACUCUACGAGGUUGCGAAACCUGUUCUGGAGAGUAUGGAGCAGCCCGGUCCUCACCCAGUCCAUGACAUCUGCACGACUGAUGCGUUUGUGGACUCAAUGCACUCAAGAUUUCGACUUGACCCCAAUUGAAGACAGUGUGAGGCUGCCUCACCGACUUAUCACGCAGGAUUUGUCUACUUCUAACCAGACCCCAACCACACCCUCUCCAUUGUCGCCUACCUCUGAGUUCCGUCAGACAUCGGAUUCUCCACGAAGUAGGCCAAGCAUUGCACCCACGCUGCAGGAUUUCAGAUUCCCUUCCGUGACGGCCGACCCAGCUGACAAUCAUCCCCAUGGCUCCCUCGUGCAACCCGGUGGACAUGGCCGAAAGCAGUCUGAAGAUACUUCGGGGUCUACAUCUCACGCCACUUCAGAGUCGUCUGCGCGACCGACUUUGAGCAGAACCACUAGCGGUGGACGACAGAGAAUGCCUGUACUAGCCACCGCUGGAAAGUCAAGGACAAGGCCUCAAAUCCCACGAAGAAAGUCCAGUUCGCAGAAAUCUCCAGGCGGCCCCAAUGCGCCAAAGUCUCCUAGGGCCCACCCAGGGCCUGCCGCGACUGAUGUUGCAAUGCAAGACGCCGGCGGACUUGUAGGUCGUCUCGCUGCCAGAGGGCCCCCUCCUGGCUUGCCAAUUGCGCCUUCAACUACCAGCGGACCGGCUUUCGCUCUUCCGUCGGCCUCCUCGUGGCAGAGCGUGGACUCCACUCCUGACCCUCCUUUGGCAACCACUGCCCCUUUGCCUAUUUCUUCGGGAGAGUUGGUCGAUCCGGAUUUCCGAGGCAGAUUCGCCGAAACCCAAAAGAAGCUGGCCAGCUCGACAAAUCUUGCGGGUCUAAAUCGAAUCAAAAAGACAGGUAGUGUUGUCCGAUUUGCAGAUGAGCUGCCCCAGGAAUUGCGCAAAGGAAAGGAAAGGGAAAAGGAAGCCAUGGCCCCGGUUCAAGAUGAAAACCCUGGGUCUUCACGACUGCGGAGGAGCAUGUCGAGUGAAGCUGUGUCCGAUGAUGCCGAUGACGAUGACUCGUCUUUGGAGAACAUGCAACUUCCACGAACCAAGAGCCAGCUCAGCCUUCUGAUUCAGACCAGAAGAGAUGAAACAGGAAGCUCGGAUAUUGGCCCUGCCACAGAACCGCAGGAUUCCAAAGGAAAAGAAAAGGAGAAGGAGAAGGCCCAUUCCAAGGAAGAAGAACUGCUAUCAAUGGGUCGACGGGAUGGCGUGACAAAGGCCGGUGGCAUCCAGGUGCGCAAGCAGCACCGGAUAAGCGAAAUCGAAGAUCCUGGCUCCUUGUCACCGUCAAGCCCAGAGCCUUUGUUUUGAGCCAGCCUUGUGGCGAGGACCCAUCGAAGACGUCCUUCUUUUGAGGCAGACAUGGGCGUCCUUGUACCACGACAUGACGUUACGACGAGACGACCGAAUAAAAUGUGUAUCAACAAUACUAUGGUUUGAGCAGCAAGACUAUUUCCUAAGGGACCCCCUAUACACGCGGCAUUCACUUUGGGAGCUGCGGGCCUCCGCCCUACGUUUUCUGGAAUAGAUUGGCUUAUGGCGUUGAUGAAGCAUUCGCUCGAGUUAACAGCACGAGAGCAUUUUGAACUAUACUGGCACCGAGUUGCCCAAUGGGGAAUGAAAUCAAUAUUUAGCUUUUGCAGGUUUUGGAUACUUCAUGCAACUAAAUGAUGACCCGCAGGUACGCUUCGCCAUCCCAAUCCAUCUGAUUUCCAGCGGACGAUCUUGCCCAAAGACUGCACGCAGCAUGGCGACAUUCCCUUUUGCCUUUUCAACGCAUCUCCUGACUGCGCCGUCCGCGGGAGGUAAAUGUUUCCGGCCCUUGCCUGUCCGCGCACCUUCGAGACUACCCACCAUAAUGGACCGAGAAUCAUUCCCUCUUGUGGCCUUUCCAAGUUGGACCAAUCGCCUUUGGGUUCAAUCACCUAGCUACCUAGCCUUGCCCGUCUACUCUUGAGGAAGUGGUCGGCAUUCCCCUCUUUAUGGCGACGCACUCAAUCUCCUAAUGCCUUGAAAGGUAGGCACAGAGUCUGCGCCUCGACUUUGUGAAAUGCAGAUGCUUGGAAUCAAAGAGUAGGGACAGCCAGAGCCCGAAUGAGGAGUGAAUAGUGCAGCGUUGACCUCUUCAGAAGACUUGGGGGGAGUCUUGUGUAAUACUCUGGACCGGCCGAAAUAUCAAAGGACAGAAUUGCUGUCCGGUGUUUCCAUGGCGAUGUUGGCGGUAUAUUACCGGCGCG